CUUCCCUAUCUAACCCAAGAUGGAAAUGAAGAAGCCCAUGAAUUUUCUUCUCUUUCUUCUCUUCCUCUUCUUCAGCCCAUCUACUGGUAGUUCAAUCUAUAAUGUGGUCAGCUUAGGGGCCAGGCCCAACAUCAGGACCGACUCGGCCCAUGCGUUCCUCCAGGCAUGGGCAAUGGCUUGUGGUUCCGCUAACCCGGCCACAAUCUAUGUACCCCCGGGACAAUAUUAUCUAGGCCAGGCCCAUUUUGUUGGAAAUUGCAGGAACACUGAUAUUACAAUACAAAUCGACGGAACCCUUGUUGCUCCGGCUAAUUAUCGUGUUGUCGGCAAUGCCGGAAGCUGGAUUAUGUUCGAGGGAGUUGUUGGGGUUUCAAUCUACGGCGGGACCAUCGACGGGCAAGGGAGUGGUUUUUGGGCUUGCAAAGCUUCCGGAAAUACGUGCCCAGAUGGAGCUACAAAUUUAGGCUUCACAAACUCAAAAAAUAUUGUUAUCAAUGGAUUAAAAUCACUAAACAGUCAAAUGUUUCACAUUGUCAUUGACCGCUGUGAAAAUGUUAACAUACAAAAGGUGAUGGUCAUGGCUCCCGGGAACAGCCCCAACACCGAUGGCAUUCAUGUAGAGAUGUCAACGGAUGUCACGAUUAGUGGUGCCAACAUCAGGACAGGAGAUGAUUGCAUCUCAAUCGGUCCAGGCACCUCUAACUUGUGGAUCGAAAGCAUUGCCUGCGGACCCGGUCAUGGCAUCAGUAUUGGAAGUCUUGGCUGGAAUCUCAAAGAACCAGGGGUACAGAAUGUGACAGUUAAAACAGUUACUUUCUCAGGUAGCCAGAAUGGGUUCAGAAUUAAGUCAUGGGCAAGGCCCAGUUAUGGAUUUGUCAAAGGUGUCCUUUUCCAAGAUGGCAUCAUGGAGAAUGUCAAUAAUCCCAUUAUAAUUGACCAAAAUUACUGCCCACAUGGUGAAGAUUGCCCUGGACAGGUUUCAGGGGUGAAGAUUAGUGAGGUCACCUACAAGAACAUUCACGGAACAUCGGCGACUGAAGUAGCUAUGAAAUUUGACUGUAGCUCUCAGAAUCCAUGCAGUGGGAUUGAAUUGGAAGAUGUGAAUCUUACUUAUCAAAAUCAAAUAGCAACAUCAUCUUGCACCAAUGCAGUUGGCUAUGCUCAUGGUCUUAUUCAACCAUCAAGUUGUUUAAAAUGAUUUGUUUCCCCCUUCAUCUUGACAUCACUGCCAUA